GUUCCUAUGAUAUUAGUAUGGAGUGGGUAAUCGUGCUGCUUUGCUAGUUAGUUGCAGUGCGUAGCUGGGAGUCGUUCUUCAGGGUUUGAUUCGACAUGGAUCAGUCUGCAUUGCAUCUCAUUCGGCGGAUUCUUCAGCAAGGAUAAUUGGUUGUUUGGAGCAAGACGAAUUAUUGAGGCGGUUCAGGGGUCGAGGCUGUUUGCAUGUUUGCAUGUUUGCAUGUUUGACUUGUUUGCAUGUUUGCAUUCUGGGCUCCUUCCUAAACCAUCUCCAAGUCGAAACUCAACGACCGACAGUAAGAAAGACUCAGCAUCGUCGAGGAGACUCGCACGAGAAGGCAGCAGAGAUGUCAUCGAUACCAGCGGCGCCGAACCCGGGCAGCGAACUCACUGGAGUUGAUUGGGCACGUCGGUGUGGGAAUACAACAGUGCAAGCUUCGUAUUGUAGCUGGCUGAUUAUGGGUAUCUGGAAGAUACCGUCUCGUUCCCUGCUGCAGUCGAUCACUGAUAGAGACGCUGUUCGAUGCCAGGCUUAGCUUCUUGCCACAGGUCAAAGGUGUUCGAUUGUUAGACAUUUUCGAGAAUUCUCACCCUAGGCCUCAGGGCUCGAUAUCGAUAUGCUGAACUUUGUAGAUCGGGUAAACC